UCUUCUUCUUCUUCCAUGAGCUGCGCGACAGACCGAAGCGAGCCCUCCUCCUGCCCCCGAUGCACUUGUUGCUGCGCAUGGACCUGAUGCGCCACUUGAGUCUUUGAAGAGCUGGCAGGACGCGCUGCAACAGGAAUAGACACAACUUUAGAUGCCAAUCUGUUGAUUAUUCGGCACGUAACCAUGAGGAUGCCGGUUCUGACGAGCCCUGACAACGCGACUAAGUUCCAGGAGAACUGGUUGACUGUGUACCCGCAGGAUCAGGUCCCCCUCGAUGACAGCCUCACCAGCCUCCACUGGCUCCAGAAUUUCUCCAUCGUGAGCGCAGACCCGGAGCGUCCCGGCGGGGCCGCGGCGGAGGGCUGCCCCCCCGCCUCCUCCUUCUCCCCCUCCUCCCAUCAGCACCUCUUUCUCAAACACUUCCCCAGAGGGGGCACCGACUCCCCCUCCAGCCCUCCAGCAGGGGACACGGCCGCCACCGGGAUGCCUCUUUACCUCGGCAGCCCGGUCACCUCCGGGAGCGACUCAACUUGGACGCCACGCUUCUCCAAUUUCGCGCAUCUCGGCAGCGCCUACCAGCCCAUCCCGAUCCAAGCCACCCCGCCGGCGGAGGUCGACUACAAGACCAACCCGAAAGUCAAACCGCCGUAUUCCUACGCCUCGCUCAUCUGCAUGGCCAUGCAGGCCAGCAAGCAGCCCAAAGUGACUUUAUCCACCAUCUACAACUGGAUCACGGAGAAUUUCUGCUACUACCGACACGCGGAGCCCAGCUGGCAGAACUCGAUCCGCCACAACCUGUCCCUCAACAAGUGUUUCAAGAAGGUCCCCAGACAGAAGGACGAGCCUGGCAAAGGAGGCUUCUGGCAGAUCGAUCCUCAAUAUGCCGACAUGUUUGUCAAUGGCAUCUUUAAACGCAGGAGGAUGUCUUCAAACAGCUAUCACAACAAUAGUGGUGGGGCUCACAGACAGAACAAAUUGGUUCCAAGCAGCCACAGUACCCACAAUGGCUGCCCUUACCAAAGUGGCAAGGAUAUAGGCAAUAAAAGGAAGCAGCUGGCCACGAAGAAAAACAGCAAGGCAAUAAGGGCGACCGACUCCCCACUUUUGGGGACGGAUGCCCCAAAAGCAGACAUCCUGAAGGGGGAUUUCGACUUGACGUCCAUUUUUGAUGACGUCCUGAGCGAGAACUGUAGCACCUUUGAGGAUUUGGACAUCAACACAGCGUUGAAUUCCCUGGGCUGCGAGAUGGAGGUUACCAUGCAGGGGAGGCAGCAGUCGGCCGGGCUGGGGCACUGGUGCGGAGCAGGGGACCUCGUGGGACCGAGCCAGCACCUGAACCACUCUCAAGCAUCCUACGACUAUCUGGACACGAGCGCCGCCUCGGCCGUCAACAUGGCGGAGGAGCUGCACGUGUCGUCGCAGCAUCCGCAACAGCUGGACGGACAAGAUCAGCUCCUGCAGAGUCAAAAUCAGCUGCAGAAUUUCGAGGAGGACUCCUCGCUGUUCCAGGAGCAGCCGGAGGAGGUGUUGUCUUGGGAGGAGAUCAAGGAGGAGGCGCAGGCCAAUACACUGACUCUGGAUCAGAGCUUUGGCCUCUAUGAAGGGUUCUUUAUGGAUAUGCAACCAUGGGAACGGGUGGAGGCCUAUCUGUGAUCAUUGACUCCCCGUUCCAUUUACUGAAUAUCCAAUGAAAGCCCGAUUUCCAGUCCAAGGAUCAACCUUUUAUAGUCUUUUGAUUCAAACACAACACCACCACACAUGUUGACUUUUACUCAGCUCCCUCGAACGUAAGGAAAGACAUUUAGCAGUCAUUUUGUUGUCUUUCCCACAGUGUGUUAUAGUACAUGAAGCAGCUUUGAUUUAAACAUCUCUAAAUUUUUAAACAAAACUAAUGAACCAGCUCAAAAGUUAAAUCGAGACAGUGAAAGUUUAUCAAGAAGCUGCAUGGAAGAAUAUGAAGUGUGGGGUGUUCCAUCAAAAGUCUAAAAGCACUCUCUAUGACUGAGUACUGUCACGGAACUGAGAAGACAUGCAGGAUUCUAUUUUGCUACAUUAGCAUUCAGCUGGCUUUCUUUCUUUCUUUUUUUUUUUCAAACUAACAGUGCAGUAAAACAUUUAAAAUGCCAUCUCUAAUGUCUAUGCUGUGUGACGAUGAAAGAUGCAGAUAACGUUAAAGUACAUAGUCUGAAAUUAGCAGUCAGUCACCUAUGACAUUUCUAUAUAUUAUUAUUAAUAUAUUCACCACAGUAUAUAACAUGAAGCAGGAACCUUUUCCACUCUUCUACUCUGAGAGGGGGUGCAGAGCUAAAACUGAUUGCCUUGUUUGUCAAACAUUAUGCACUUUGAUAGGCAGCAGUUCUAGAUGUCUAAUAUUCAGGAUGUUACCAUUUAGUUUUCCUGAUAUUCAAUUGAUGUUAGUUGUCCUGAUCACAAUGCAACUCGAGGGCCUGAUUUACUAAGAUCCCAAAUAACGGGAGCGUAAUUGCGUGUUCACUCACUCCAAACAGACUGCAUGCACUGCUAGCAACAGGUGUGAAAUGGGAAAAUGUGGGCAAUUCAAAAAUCCAAGUUUGAAGUGAUGGAAUUGGAAGUGUUAGUGGAAGAGGCAAUAACUAAUUUGGGAAUGCCAGCAACUGUACAAAAAUGCUUUGUUUGCGUUAACUCAUCCGAUGUGCGUGGUAAUUGGAUGUACAGGUAUGUGGCCAUACAUUAAGAUUGUGUUUAAAAUUUAGGAUUGCACAUGUGGAAAAACUGCUUUGGGAGAGGUCAGCACCAUUUGUCACCAUGUACUGAAAUGACCUUAUGGCAUGACUCCUUCUUGUGACUGACCCCAAGUCAGCUCUCACAUCACGUAGAAGCUCCAAAAUUGCACUGCUAAAUAGACAAUAUGUUGCAAUUUUUUUUGUAAAUGUUUACACCAGAGGAAAAAUUCUCCGACCGCCUCAUUUUGCUAUGCUGGCACCGCCUUGCAUGCUGUUUGCACCUGCCUUGCAGACGUUCAGUUUAAAGUAAAAUCAGUUCAGCAAUUCAUCUCAGGUUUGAUAAAUCAAAUUACCUUUGAUUAAUCAAUUUACUCCUUCCAUAACUUGCAAAAUGAACUGGGCAGCAAUUUAGCGUGCUUGGCUGACGCAAUCCUGGUUGGGCCCGUUGAGUUGAUCAGUUUCUCUUUGGAUGCGCAAAAUUGCAAGUGUGCAAGUUUGUGUCCAUAUUUGCAUGCACAAUCCUUUAGUAAAUCAGGCUCUAAUUGUCCUUAGACUGCAAUAACUUAUCUGGCUAAAAAAAUGCUUAAGUUGGAUAUAAAUGUUUUCUAAACCAUACUUACAUACUGUAUACUUUGCAUUUUCAUAUUUGAUCAUAUUUCGCCAAAUUCUUUUGAUAAAAAAAUUAUGCAGGUCAUUGGUCUUUCUCUGUUGAUUCAUAAUUCUUGUCACUGGGUGAUAUCAUUUUCUGUUGUCUUUACUUGUAUUUUUUUUCAAAAUUGGUUUGUUUUCUGAAGUCUUCAUCGUGUAAUUUUGAACAUGUAUGACAUUAAUAAUGCCGUUCUAUUGAAAUCAACGCAGUAGUUAUAUAACCUCGGAAAGGCCAGUUUGAAUUGAUGUAUCGUAUGGAUCGAUUGUUUUACGCUUAGAUCUUACGAUGUUAUUUUUCUUUGUACUUUUUUUAAAGAGCUGUUUGAACAUGCAACCAUGCCUUGAUGAAGUACAUGGUGUCAAUUAAAGAAAGAAUAACACGAUUGUGUACUUGCCUUGUGAAAUAUCCAUCCAUAGGGUCUUUGGUUGCCUGCCAAUUGCAGGACAGAUGGAUAAACAACCAUUAACACUCACAC